GCGCGCUGGCCGCGGAACUCCCGCCGGUGGCUCCGCGCUUUGCCGGAGGCGCGUCCCAGCCACCGCCAACAUGGCCGAGACUAGCGAGGAGGUGGCGGUGCUGGUGCAGCGGGUGGUGAAGGACAUCACCAACGCCUUCAGGAGGAACCCGCACAUAGACGAAAUUGGACUGAUCCCCUGUCCUGAAGCUAGGUAUAACCGGAGUCCCAUAGUCCUGGUUGAAAACAAACUUGGUGUGGAGAGCUGGUGUGUCAAGUUCCUUUUACCAUAUGUCCACAACAAGCUCCUUCUGUACAGAAUGAGAAAGCAGUGGCUGAAUAAAGAUGAAUUGAUAGAUGUCACAUGCACCCUGCUGCUUCUAAACCCAGACUUUACCACUGCAUGGAACGUGAGGAAAGAGCUGAUCCUCUCUGGCACUUUAAAUCCAAUUAAGGACUUACAUCUGGGAAAACUGGCCUUAACUAAGUUUCCAAAGAGUCCAGAAACGUGGAUUCACAGGCGAUGGGUGCUACAACAGCUGAUUCAGGAAACCUCCUUGCCUUCCUUUGUGACCAAAGGAAACUUGGGAACAAUUCCUGCAGAAAGAACACAGCGAUUAAUACAAGAGGAGAUAGAGGUCUGUGGUGAAGCUGCGGGGAGAUACCCAAGCAACUAUAAUGCCUGGUCCCAUCGGAUCUGGGUUUUACAACACCUGGCCAAGCUAGACGUCAAGAUCCUUCUUGAUGAACUGUCUUCUACUAAGCAUUGGGCAUCCAUGCAUGUUUCAGACCACAGUGGAUUUCACUACCGCCAGUUUUUGAUAAAGUCUUUGAUUAGCCAAACUGUGAUAGACAGUUCUGUAUUGGAGCAAAACCCUUUGAGAAGUGAGCCAGCCCUGGUUCUUCUAAAAGAUGAAGAAGCAGCAGCCUCAACAGAGGAACCGAGGAUUAAUCUUCCCCAUCUUCUAGAAGAAGAAGUGGAAUUCACCACUGAUCUCAUUGAUACCUACCCAGGACAUGAAACUCUAUGGUGUCAUAGAAGGCAUGUCUUCUACCUUCAGCAUCAUUUAAAUGGCAAGUUUCCUCAGAGCAUGAUCCAGUUGUCACCUGCAGACAGCCCUAGGGGCACUUUGAGUGACUUGCACCUCAUCCCAGCAGGCCCCCACACGUCUCAGGCAAUGGAGGUGGAUGGACUGAAUGACUUUAGCAAGCAAGGCUAUUCCCAGGAAACCAAACGCCUGAAGCGGACCCCAGCUCCAGAUUCCCUAGGCCUAGAAAUGGAGCACAGGUUCAUUGAUCAAGUAUUGUCCACCUGCCGGAACGUAGAGCAAGCCAGGUUUGCCAAUGCAUAUAGGAAAUGGCUGGUUACUUUGAGUCAAUGAAAGAGGUGGAUGAGUCCUGCAAGGUUCCCCUUUUAGUGCAAUAUUACUUUCCUUUCUUAUUUACAUAGUUGCAUGGACUAUUUGCUAUUCUUGGCUAACCAUACGUUCUUUGUAUUUAGGUUAAAAAUCCUUAGUAACUCAUUUUAUUUAUUUUGUUAAGAACUGGCAUUCCCUUUGGGGAUAAAAUAAUUGCAUAGUUCCUUCCUGCUGAACGGUGAGUCUUAAAUCUUUUCUUUUUAAUUUUUUGUCCUUUUUAUUUCUACAUGUAGGACUUCUUCUUGCUUGCUUCUCCUAAUUGGUUCAUACACACUCCCACCUCAGUGCAACUGCUGCAUAGGCUCAUUUUUUAAAAAAUUAAAAAUUAAUAUUGCAGCUUAGCUUAAGAUUAAUGCAGAAUGACUUGAUCUGAUUGUUUUGAGAAACAAACGACUAGAUGGAUAGAUAUGUGAAAAUACAAACCGUGUCUCUUUCUCUAGCAUUGUUCUACUCAAGUUGUAGACUAACAUAACCAAAGUCAGAAGUAUUGGGAUUUAUAUGAAAAAUAUGCUUCCGUUGUAAUCUGUUUUUAAAAUGGUUAUUUAGGAAAAAAACUAAUUUUAAGAAUUUAUGUAAUUACAGUACUGGAAAAUUAUUUUUAUUACUAGUUUUGAUAGGUUAUUUUUAUCUCAAAUUUGGUAUAUGCCAAAAACACUCAAGUCAGCCCUUAUAAAAUCAAUUUUUUUCCUAAAAACCUGGAAUGCCAUUUUAGUUAUUACUACUUUACUUUUUUCCUUCCAAAUUUACUGAUAAAAAAAUGAGAGAAAUAUACAUAGAAAUGCAUCCAUAAAAUCUUCCUUUUUAAAAAUAUAUUUAAGUUAUUGAGAGUACACUGGAUAAACUACAAAAUUUUUGUGAAGCGACUGUUAAAAGUUUACUGGCAAAAGCCAGGGGGAAAGAAUAGUUUUAAAGAUUAGUUCUUCAACCUUUAUUUUAAAAAUAAAAACAAAAAAACUUUGAUACUGAACUUAUCAGGGAUGAGGUACCAAAGUAUCUAUCUUAUAGCUGUAUCUUUUCAAUAACAAGGGCUGGGAUUUUCAGGUUGAUGAUACGGGGGUGGGAGAAGGGCCGGGUAAUGUCUACUUUCUUUAAUGUAUUUACCUCUUUGUAAAUGGUCUGUGUUUCUUCAUCCCGCAUACCUUUUUCCUUAUUUUCUCUCCUGUCUCACUAUUAUGGAAACCCUGGACUUGACGUAGGUUCUUUGCCUUAAGGGGAAAAGAAAUGGGUCCUUUACUUAGGCAUCAUGAUUUUGUUAAGUGGCAGACUGUUGAACUGAGUAGCCUUAAGGACCCCAGAAAAAUUGUCCUGCCUGGCCCCCAUAGACAGAAGCUGCUCUUCUCUCUGGGCAUAAAAAAAAUACAGCUUUUAUCACUUAGGUGAGAAAAUAAUUGCCAUUAUGAACAUAAUUCCAUGGUCCUUAUGUACAAAGCAUAUUUUGACCAGAUGUUCAUGAAUCAAAUACCUCAGGGUCUGUCUAGACCUCUAUGGAUCAAACCAUUAGCUUAUGAUUUUUAGCUCCUAUGGAGGGGAGGGGAAGCAACAGCACAGAGAAGACAUAGGAGGCUCAGCCCAUUUCACUAAAACAUGUCACCAAACUCUGGCCUCGUUCUUUUUCUAAGCAUCACUUUCAGUAUCCCAACUCAUAAGGCUUCUUAAAACGCUUUGAUGUGAGAGAGCAUCAGGGAACAACUAUAGAUAACACCCUAUGAAACAUCAGCUAAAUUUUUAUAAUGCUUCAUGCUCUCAGUACCUUUUUAUACCUUCCCAGAGUAUCUUGCCCAUCUUUAGUGUUGACUCUCUUCAUGUGUUUUAAGGCUCUUAACCUACCCCUUUCUGAAGCCAUUCAGUCCUUUAGUAUAUCUUGGUCACUUGUCUUCCUAGUAAGGUUUUAAGAAGUUAGUGAAAACACAGAUAUUCAAAAAGAUACUGCUUAGUAUGUUACUUUUGUGUGCUAUUUUAUUUCUAAAUUUUUCAUUUUUCAAGCAGUCAUUAACAAAAAAACUUAAUAUUGCCCUAUAUGGUUGUGUUUUUUACCCUAAGUGGUCUACAUUUAAACUCACUAGCUAUAACAUGAUGCCUCUUUGACUGAAUGAACUCAUACAGUGGAAACUCAUGUCUUAUAUUCAAGGGCUUGUUGGUCUUUUUUGUUUUUUUUUUUUUUUUAAUAAAUAUCUAGUUGCUAAAAUGGAAACGAUAGUUUAGAUUGACAAACAUUUCAUUAAACUUUCACUGGAACAAUAAUACGUCAUCAUACCAUCCUGUGGAUUAAGAAUACUACUGACAAGCAAAAAGCAAUAAAAUUUGUAAAUAUCCAUUCCCCUCCCCCCCACAGCUUUUUUUUUAUUAUGCCUAUUUUGGUAAUACAGUGUUUCUGAAUUCCACUGUGUGCCUUGCACAUUAUAAGAACUCAUUAAAUAUUUAUUAAAUUAAUGCAUGAUUAACUGAAGAAGGGAAAGAUGGGUCAUGUGUGCUGGACAGAGUGCAUGGAUGACUAAGAACUGAUGGAUUAGUGCAGCUGUGAGUGAAGGAUGCACUCCAGCUACAUGAUGCUUAGAGGGAACUAUUGCAUAUAGAACAAGUUCCUGUAGAUUUUUUUCCUUCAUUUAUUUGCCUUGUUUAAGCUUGUUCAAAUCCCAGCCAAGAAAUGCAGCUCUGUAAUUAAUUAACUGUACUUUAAUAUAUAUUAAAAAUUUAUCAGACUUCACAGAACUAAUGAAGCCCAUUUGCAUUAAGAACACUAUGGUUCAUUUAUGUCAGAGGACAGAUUUGCCAACAGAGCCUCUCAGGCAUCUGGAGAAAUCCUUUGAUUUCACCAACUCAUAGAUCUGUAUCUCUGUGCGUGCGUGGGUAGUCAUUUUAUGCCUUUCCUUAGUUUUCCCCAACUUGAACUGUGGACCUUUUAGGUAUUUCCUAAACCUGCGUGAGGCACUUUUUAAGCCUAAGGAUUUGAUACCGAUCGGUGUCCCCUUUUCUUUUCUAGGUUUUAGCAUUUCAUUACCUCUUUAGAUGCUCUGGGCCCAGACUUUCAGUCAUAUUUCCUACCCUAUGGUACAGUUCUCAUUUAAAUUAAAGGAUUCAUUAAUUAUUAAAAGGAUUAAAUGUGUACAGGUUGCCAUUAAAAGCCACUUGAACCUUCAAAUUAGGGCUUAUGUGAUGAAAGAUGUAGAAACUAAAGUUCUUGAUUUUUAUGUGGUAGCUGAUAGGAAAGCAUGUAUAGUAGACUGUGUCAUUUUGAUUAUGUUCAGGUCAUGCCCGUUCGUGCUUGUUGAUACUUUUGUGUAUGUGUGUGCGCGCGCGUGCAUGAAGAGAGAACCUUUAAUGUUGCAAACAAAUUGUCAGUCUAGUAAUUUUAUAUAGCACAAGGUGGUAUCUGACACAGGAGCUAAAUACAAUUUAGGAAUGCAGCUAAAUAUAAUUUAGGAAUGCAGUUACCAGUCUAAUCUCUGUACCUUAACUAACCCAUUGCCAUCAAGUUGUUUCUGAUUCAUAGCAACCCUAUAGGACAAAGUAGAACUGCCCCAUAGGGUUUCCAAGACUGUAAUCUUUAUGGAAAGCAGACUUCCACAUUUUUCUCUAAGGGAGAGGCUGAUGGGUUCAAAGUGCUGACCUUUCAGUUAGCAACCAAGCAUUGUAACCACUCCACCACCAGGGCUCAUGUCCAUACCUUAGUUCCCCUGAAUUAUAAAAGAUGCUAAAGAUUUAAUUAUAAAAGGAAGUAACAUAUGAUCUUUUAUUUGGUAAGAGGGUGUAAGCUUACUGUUACUUGGUUACUAGAAAGUUAUGUUUAAAAAUAGAAAAUUUGAACAACAUUGUAACAACCAAACCUUUUGUCUUUUGAAUGAAUUUCUCAAGUGGAACUACUGUGCAAAGGCUAGCAUUUUGCAGUACAGCCGCCUCCCCAUGCCUGGUUGUGCUCUGUUACCUGUUAUGCUCCUAUUCAGUGGAGGCACAGGGAAGCUUAGGCAAAUUCAGUGUCAUGAAGGCAGUGUGCAGGAAAAACCAGACCCCGAGAAUUCUACUUACCCUUACACAGUGUCUUUUAAAAAACAAUUGUAUGUAAUUGUUAAUUUGAGUGCCUUUCUUUCUUCUUUUGGAGCAAGAUUAUAUUUAAAUCUAAUGUUUAGGCAGAGAACAGAAGACUUUUGCUAAGUAGGCAGAAACUGAAAUCAUUGGAAGCUUUGUCAGACAGUUGAUCGUGAGACUCAUUAUUUUAUUUAUUCCUCUUGCUAGGCACUGGUUGGCCCCGUGGAGUAUUUUAUCCUUUAAUGAUACUGAUCUGAGCAGGUAGGAUUAGUGUGGUAUCAUUAAUUACCAUUUUUAAGCAGCCUACCAAGAAGAAAUAGGUUUUUUUUUUCCCCAUGACAACUAAUUUUGGGGGGUGGCAGGCAUCACAUUUAGGGGGCAGCAUGUGUGUAUUUACGGAUCAGCCUACAGCCUGUGUAGCCUCAAAGGAGAACUGGUGGCACUCUCCCCGCAAAGAAAAGCCAGUUGUCCUAGUGAGUCCUUUGUCUCAGUUUAAGGAGCUUCCUUCCCUCCCAUAUUCAGGCCUAGUGCAAGAUAGUUGAAAGGGAGAAAAAUGAGACUUUGUCCUUUCAAAUAUUGGAGGAAAAGAAGGAUAUACUGAGAUCGAUUUUUAAACAUGGCAUUUUGGUUAUUUGUGUAUAGUGAGGGGAGGGAUAGGAAUUCCAUAUUCCAAGAUAGCAAAUAGUUUUUAAUAAUAAUUUCAUAAAAAUAUAUAGCUGAAGAUUCCAAAGUGCUUUACAGAGAACUGUUGAACAAUACGUUCCUAAAGGGCAGCAAUAUGUCGUGCGAAGUGGGGACAGAAAACCAGUGUGUGAGUCGUGGAUUUGCGGGCAGGGGGUGACCUCACACUCCCAGCUCUGACUUCUCUACUCUCAUCAGGCCAUGCUAACACUGUAAAACCGAAUUCUUUGCUUAAAAAAAUACAGAGCAGUAGCAGUAGCAUAGCCUGCUGAUAAAACCUCGUGCUUGCAAGAAUAUUAGCUAUAUAUCAUUCGUGCUUUCUGGAUACUGAUAUUGUCCACAAAGCUAACCCUGGCAUUUCUUUUAUUAGUCUGUUGUUAUUCCUCAGGGUGUAGAAGAUUUAGUAAAUUUAGGACAAAAGUUUUAUAUUCAGUGGCAAAAAUAUGAUAAAUAUAUUAUAGUUCUUAAAAUUUUAGUACAGAUAGUAUUUUUUAUAAACCACUACCAGUGCAGUAGCUAGUAAACUGCUCUGUUGCUGCCUCCUCAUGUCACUGCUUCUGUCUCUGCAGCUCUGCGAUGGUGUCCUCUAAUACGUGUCUUCUAUGGAAAUGAUUCUCUGUAAUACGUGUCUUCUACGGAAAUGAUUAUUAUAUUCCAUGUUUGGCGGGGUAGGGGUGGGUGAUUGUGUUUUUGUUUUAGUUGUCAUCAAUCUCAAUUUGAUGAAAUCCUGUUGAGGAAAAUGCAUGCUGUUGUUUUUCAAACCGACAGCUAGUUUGUUUCCUAACCUUUCAGUUUCCCUGAAAGAGAGUGCUUUAUGUGCAGACCCCGGGCAUGUGCAACCUUGCGUAUGCCUUGUACAUUGUGGGAAUUCACUAAAUCAGAAGGGUUUAAAACUAGCUUAUCUCUGUCUUGUCGCAUAGGCCACGCAUUUAGUAGCUCUGGGAGAAAUAAAACAUUUUACAUUAAAUAUAUAAUAAAUUAAGUUCAGAUGUGCAAGGCAUAAAUAUAACUAUACAGCAUCGUAAGUGAAAGAUUCUUGUAGGGCGUGUGUGUGUGUGUAUACAAAUAUAUGUAUAUAUACACGUUUAAAUGAGAUUUGGAACUUGGAUUUAUAUAGUGGUUCUACAAAGAAUUUUAUCCAAAGCAUUAUUUUUCUAUAUGUGAAAAUGUUCCUAUUUAAGGCAGUUUUCUUUAUUAGACCAACUCCCUCCAGCAAAGUUGGCAAACUAACACAAGUGCCCAUGUGCCUGAAUUAACCAGAUGUUUGUGUAAACUGAUUUUACACAAAUCAGACAUCUGUGUAAAAAGUCUUUGGUGAUUUGUGAAUCGUGACUUUCUGGGUUUUCUUCCAUACCUUUAGGGAAUCAGCCUUCAUUUUAUGUAUGGUAGUCCCUUUCCUCAGAGUACUAUGCAGCAUACUCCAGAAUGCUUAGUUAAGUUUAUAAGGUAAUGGGUAAUAAAUUUGGUGUUUUUUUUUUUAAUGUCAUAGGGAUAUACACCUUCACAUGUCCAAAUGUCUACUCACAGAGCAAUCUCUUAGAAAUACUCAUGUAUUUUUCUCCCUCACAGUGUCAUCUUGUAUUUGGAGCAGGUAUCUUUUUCUUACUGGUUAAUGAGUGAGUUUAGACUGAGUGCAAUCAUAGUAGGUGCUCAGUAAGUAGUUGACAAUUACUCAAACAUCAAAAAUAACUGAGCUUUAAGAAAGGGAGACUGUUAUCACCUUUUUAUGAGGAAUAUAUUUGGUAGAGUAAUAUAUAUUUUGAAAUUGAAAAAUUAUAUCAUGACAUGGUUACUAGGCUUAUUUAGGGGUGGAGUUAGUAACGUAAUAAGAAUAUUUAUGUAGAACACGGUCUGAAGGUAGGCGAUGUGAAAAGUUUGUCAUAUCCUCUUGUGCAAUGCACAUUAAUAAAUGUGAUUAAAUGUCUUAAUAAAUAGGUUGCUGAGCUCUAGAAAAAACUACUGUAAUCUUUAGCAGUUUUUAUAUCGAUAUCCAGUGUUAUCUGGUUCAGCUUCUGUUUAUUUCUCCCUAAAUCUUGGCUGCUUUCCAGCAUUCUAAAAGUGAUAAUGAUAAAAUGUGAAGUGACAUUAAACAGCUUCUACUUACUUGUUUUUUCAGAACAUCUUUAAAAUGUGGGGGACAUUUUAUAAGUGAUAGAGUAGCUUCAGAACCUGUUAAUUUGUGGUUUUCAGACAUUUUUUAGAAUUUACCUGAUGUAAACAGAUAAAAAAAACCUUUUUUUUUUUUAUCUUAAACAGAUAAAAACAGUUUUAAAAAACAUUCCAACCUGAGCUGGGCACCCACCACUGUGUGUAGUGAAGUGUAGCUAGGCAUUGCCUCAUGGCAAGGUUCUCCAUGCCUGGCUGUGAUGGUGGCUUCGGAGGGAGGUGACCACAGGUAGUAUUGCGUUUUGGUAUUUUUGGCACCAAGAGAAUAACACAAUGCAUGGUAGAUUAAUUCACUGUUUUUGAGUUGGAAAAAGUAAAAGAUUAGGUAUUAAAAGUAUGCCAGAUAUUUAUACUGUCUAAUACAAAUGCUUAAAAAAGGAGAGGAGAGAACGAUGAAAGGUCAGUACUUUUUUUUUUAAUAGGUUCUAAAAUCGGUUUUUAAAAAAACCCAAGAUUCUUGAAUAUUAGUUGGUAGUUUAACAUUGAGGGGCUUUAAUUUAAGGGGUCAUUCUCAGAUACUAUAUUCUGCUAUUUGAAUUCACCAUGUGUAUGAAUUUUACAUUGCUUGAAGAUUUUCCAAAAAAUAGAAUAUUUAGGUAAGUUACAUUCAGUGUUUUUAAGAUUUUCUUAUAGUUUAUGUCUAAAUGGACAACUUAUAUAUAGGAUCUGUGGUGCGAGGUCAGAUCCUGGGCAUUAAAGAUGAGUUUGGCUAACUUACUUUCCUGAGGAUACUAGUUAUCUUCACUCUGAUUGCACUGCUGUCUUUCUGAAACUUUUUACCCCAACAGUGCUGUCUGUAUUGGUAUUCCUUUAUUUAGCUCUCACUGUAUUUUAAUUGACUUUGAUUAAGGAUUAAAUAUUUUGUGUGAAUUCUUUUUACACUUCAGACACAGAGGGAUAAAAGUAAAUUUUGAAAUAAGGAGUGUGCAGGGUGUACUUUACGGUGUUCUGAGAGCUGGCACUGCAGAGCGCUUCAAGUAGGCUGCUAAAUGACUAUAGGUUACCUAGAGCACCGCUGUCUGGUAGAAAUGUAAUAGGACCUAUGUCAGUAGUUUUUAAUUUUCUAGUAGCCACAUUUAAAAGAGUAAAAAGAAAUGAGGGGAAAUUAACUUUAAAAUAUCUUAUUUAACCCAGCGUAUAAUCAUGUAAUCAAUAUAAAAAAUUAUUAAUGAGCUAUUUUAUUCUUUUUUUUUUUCUGUACUAAAUCUUCAAAAUGCAGUGUGUGUUUUGCAUUUACAGUGCAUCUCAGUUCUGACUGGCCACAUUUCAAGUGCUCAAUAGCCACACGUGGCUAAGGGCUACCGAACGGGACAGUACAGAUUCAUAGGGUACAAAGUAUGAUUUUUGUUUUUUAAUUGGGAGUUGGUGGGGUAGGCAUGAAAGUAUGGUACUUUAAAAAUUACUUAGAAUAUUUAGAAAAGUGUCUAAUAGGCUUGCCCACUCCAGUUUUCCUUUGGCUUCCUUUUAACUUUGCUCUAGAAGUAGGAUCAAGCUGUAAUGGUUUGCCAAGCAUUAUUUAAGAAGGAAGUAAUUCCAUACCAUGUAAAAUACCAUGAUACCUUGAUUAUAAAAACACAUUAUUAGCAACUUUUUUUCCAAUUAUGUUCACUAAAUUCUGUUCUUUUUCUUCAAAAUAAUAGCUUAAAUUGCAUGUUAAUUGUAUAUCUGUACCUAUUUCGUUUUUAUAUUAUUCUUAAAAUACAAUAAUGUGUAUCAACAAACAGCCCUAGUAACUCUAAUCUUCCUAUGCAGCUGUCUUCCAGUACUUACUGGUAUACUUAUUAAGUUGUGAUAAGUUGCAGAAAAGUAGAAUGACCCAUUCUUUUUUCCAUUAGAUUUGUUUUAUCAUGUGACCAUGUAACAAGCCAGCUAUAAAUUAUUGUAUUUCUGUAGAAUAUGGAAAAUAGUGUUUAUGUCUUACCUUUGCUAAAUGUUUGCAAUUUCUAAGUAAACUUUUCAUCUUCUAAAAUGAAUGUUGUGUGAUUUUAUUUUUACUCAUGUUAUUAUUGUUGUCUUAAACUCUGCCCCGGUCUGCCAUGCUGUCCAGUUUAAUUGCCCUGUUGGUGGUCGGGGGGUGGAAGUGGAAGCUCAUGUCCAAGAACAACUAAUAAUUUGAUUACCUGCAACUGUAGAAAGAAUAGAAAUUGCAGCUGUUCCUAGGAAAUACAAAAAUGUAUUACAAUCAGUCAUCAAAAAGAAACUAGAGAAAUUGUCAUAGUUGUCUUUAAAGUGCAUCCAGGGUGACCAAUUGACUUAGAAAACCUUCAUGAGUAGAUGUGCAUUUUCCCAUAUAUUUCAAAUGAAGAUAUAGAACACACUGAAUUACUCAGUUAUUUCAGUGUUGUAUCCCAUGUUUCCUCAAUCCCGAGUCUCAUUUCUGUGUGCAGUAAGCCAGAUACAGCAUUCUGAGUUAUUUAAACGAUUCAGUAAAAUAGAUAGACUCGGAAAAGUAUUUGAUGAGGUGGAUACUUCUAUUACUCAUAUUUUAAAGAUUUCAAAUGGUGUUUUGUGGGAGAGGCCUUUAUAACUUUGUCCCAUGACUUAUUUUAUGGUUGUACUUUAAAGAAAGAGCUACUGUAACCUAUGUCUAUUUUUGCUGGAAAUCAGGAAGUAGAAUUUAGUUCCAUCAUGCUAAAGUACCAUAAAUGAUAUUUAAAACCACAGUGUUGUGUUUUGCUCUGAUAUACUAAUGAAGGGAACUAGCUUUCUAAAGACAGUUUCAAUUGAAUAAGUAAGCAUAUUACAUAAGAGGUUUGGAAGCAAUUGAUGUAGUAUUAGCAAAGUGAUUUCCUGGGAUAUUGCUUAACUGGAGGCUUUUUGAAAGAUUAUUAACAACAAAAGAUGCAAGGUAAUCCACUAGCCAGUUAAAUAAAUUAGUGUGAUAAACCUUGUGUCAUUUGUCUACAUUUAGUAGAUAACCACCAUUUUUCUCAUGUUGGAAGCUGAAAUUUUUGCUUUUGGGACUCAAGAUUUAAAGAAAAAAAAAGGGAAGAUAUUUUUUAAAAAGAAAUUCAAUGGCAUGGCUCAUCUGCUACUAACUCACUCAAAAAUGGCCAGAUCGGGCAUCAACUUUAUUUAAAAUAACAAGUUAGAGUGGGCCCUUUUCCUGUGAGAAGUACAGUAUUGUGUGCGUGCUGUGCUACAGUAUAGGGAACAUUUUGUUCUGUUUAACAUGGGGUUGCCCUGAGUCAGAGCUGACUCAACAGCAGCUAACAUCCCUCACACGUGUCAACGCUUAUGAAAGGGUUUAAACUUGACGGACUCGGGAGAUUAGAAAUUAAAGGGUAGAUUUCUUUGGAGAGAAUUACACCCCCCAGUGGAGGAAGGGUAAAGGUAAUUUCCCCUCACCUCAAGCCUACUGAGAGGUCUCAAGAAGCGUUCUCUUAAAGUUUGUUCUGUUGUGCGUGGGUUUGCCAUGAGACAGGUACCCACUCGUUGGCAGUUAACAAUAGUUUAUGUAACCAAUUCCCUGUUGAUAGUCAUUUAGGUUACCAACUCAUUAUUAUCAACAAAUGCUACAUUCACAUAUACACGUCUUUGUGCACUUGUACAACUCAAAAAUGCCUGAAAUCUCUGAAUAUUUUAGAAUAAACACAAAUCAGUUACUCGAGAAUUUUUGCAUGAAAAACCCAUAGAAAUGAAAUUGUUGGGUUAAAGAUUAUUGCUGAGCAGGCCUUUUCAAAUUUACAUUGAACAGAAAUAUUUUCAUUUAAGGGAACAUUUCUGAAUGGGUAGAGUGUACAUAGAAUCAGUAACAUGGAGAUUUGCCACAGUCUGCUUUCCUAUCAUUUGUGUGUGUGUGCGUGCAUGCAUGUGUGUGAAAGAGAGACUCUCCUUUUGUUUCUUUGGUUACCAUGGCAUGAAAGGAAUGAAAUGGCCCUGUAUCCUACACUCAGUACCUCUGUUGGAAUGCUGCCACUGUGCCUCCAGAUUCUGUUUUCCAAAGUGGGUUUUGUGCAAUGACUCACUCCUCCUAUGUAACACCUGUCACCAUGGCCAAGUUAUCUAUCAGACACAAUAGAUAGAGUGCCUAGGGCUUACAGUAUUUUUAGGGGCUGUAGUGCAAUCAAUUGCUUAAUAUGGCUCUUCUAGCCAUAGUCUUUGUGACUCACACACAAUGGUUGAUUGGGACUAUGCAAAUAAGGCAUGGGGAACUUGUGGAUGGGUGGGGGUUGUGUGUCAGCUUGGUUGGGCCCUGAUUCCCGGUAUUGUGUGGCUGUCCUCCACUUCGUGAUCUGGUGUCAUUAUCUUCCAUUUUAUGGGUUGUAAAUUCUAACCUCUCUAUGUUAACGAGAGCUCUGGUGGCACAGUGGUUAAGAGUUCGACUGCUAGCCAAAAGAUCGGCAGUUUGAAUCUACCAGCUGCUCCUUGGAAACCUUAUGGGGCAGCUCUACUCUGUCCUGUAGGGUCACUAUGGGUUAGAAUUGACUCGAUGGCAGUGGUUUGGUUUUUUUAUGUUUGAUAUGUUAAUGAGGCAAGAUUAGGGUAGGAUGUAUCGAGUCACAGCCUUACAGGAGAGUGUGACUUGGGGCCAACCCUCUUCAAGUCACACGCUUCCCUUGGAUAUGGCCAGUAUCCAAAGUAUAUGUGUGGGUGCUCUCAUGGGGCUCUCUCUGUCUCUGCAUCUGGAUCCUGUAUCUGGCCUAUCACUGUCUGACCUCUGAUUCUUGGGCAUGAGCCAGCAUCCCGCUGUCUGACCUAUAGAUUUUGGGAUUCACCAGCUUCUGCAGCCCCAUGGACAAUAACCUAUUGUCUGACCUUAUUGGCCACCUUCCACAGCCUUGAGAGCCAGUAGCCUUGUCAGCUAGCCUGCUGAUUUGGGUUCAUCAGCCCCUGCAGCCUAAGCCCAACCCACAGAUUUGGAACUUGCCAGCCUCCACAACCAUGUGAGCCAUUUUCUUGAUAUAUGGGUUCCUUAAGACACUAUAGCCUAAUUACAGAACCAUAAGACAGGAGGGAGAGUACUGAAGGGAGGGGGAGUAGUUGGUGUUAGAGAUGAUAGAGUGGUAGAGCAAUUUGGAAAAGUUGGACAUUUGAACAUCUUUAAACUCUGCCUUAUAGGAACCAGCCUUGUGAGGAUUCUGAUAAACUGUUCAUUUGGUGUCAGAAGUGGGAUUCGCUGCAAUGGCCCAAACUCAUUGAAAUAUGUAGUUUUAGAAAAAAGAGGAUAAACAAGAAAAUGAGAAACUUCUGGUUUCUGAAUGGGAUAAAAAACAUCCAUUGACUGAAGCAGCUGUUAUGUUGCAAUCAGUUACCCAAGGCAAAAGCCAUUCGUGGGAAUUAGGAGAGAUAGAUCUAACUCCUCAAGAAUUGGCUGGUUAGAUACAUAUAAAAAUAGCAAUAAGAAAAGGGCCAUACAUGCAAUUUCUUGGUUUGUAUUAUCAAUACUAGCUACAAUGGCAGAAAAAAAGAAUGUAGGGGCGGAUUUUAGCACUGAACAAAGCCCAUAUCCAAUCCGGUCAAAGCUACAACUGCUAGUCUCAGGGCCGACCUCAGUGGCAACCUGGAAAGGAAAAAUUGUGUCAAACAACAGGAAGUACCCCUAUAACUCUUAGUCACCAAGCAGGUAGUCAGAGGGGGAAUAGGCAAAACCAAGAAACUAUUGAAACCUGGGGAUAUACAGUAAAGGAGUUGCUUCAACUUGUAAAUGGGUAUCGUCAGCUUCCUGAGAACUGUUACUGAAAUACAUUGUGAGAGCAGCUAAUUUAGGGGCAGUGUCUAGUUUUGAAUGCUGCAGAACAGAAGAGUAUGUUUGAGUUGAUGCAAGACCCAAAACUCACUAUGGAACAGUCAGAAAUGAUGAUACAAGAUCCAGUUACACAACAGGUUAACCCGAAGGGGACAGCCAGCCUGGUGGACUGGGUAAAAUUUGCAGUGAGAUUUGUUUACCCCGAGAAAGGAAACUGACCCUCUCCCCUUCUAAAUACCCAAUAGGAAACUCCAGAAAAAACAGCUGAUGUGCUGCUUAUGCAAGCCAUGCUAGCAUGCCUUUAUGGCGAUCAGGAUAUUCAUCUAAUGAGCAUACCCCUUACACCGGUCAUGGCAGAUACGAUAAAUCAAGGAAGCCGCUUCUACAAGGGCACCCCAUGGAACCUUGCUUCUGUGAAACAAAGCAGCAGUCUGAGAAGCCUUGUGAGAUCUGUUGGCACAGCUUCCCCGCAUGGUUCUUACAAAUGCAAAAAGCAUAAAGAUGAUUCAUAGGAUAAUAGGAAAAGGCAGUGGUAAAAGAACCCCAGCAAGACAGAGAUUUUUAGAUGGUUACUAAGAAAUAGUAUGACUAUAGAGGACAUUGAUGGAGUUGAGACAAAGGCUCUAAUGCAGUAGUACAGGAGCUUGGGUGGACCAGUGAAAAUUUCUGAUGGUCCCCCAACAUUAAUGAUGCCUAAACAAGUCCUAUUCACCCCAGUUGGGAAGAAUUUAGUCAUGGAAAUUUCCACCUGGGACUAUUUGAGCAGAAGCUUAGCUAGUUGAUCAAGAUAAGGAUUGAUGAGGGGGCCAGGGUCUUCUGAUCCGGCCCCCAGCAGGGGACCUGAGGCCAUAUGCACAUGUGCAGGUGAAAUGGCCCUGGGGUAGAGAAGAGACUUUCUUGGAGCUCCUGGAUACACAAGCCCAGUGUAGGAUAAUCCCAAAACCUGUCAAUAAAAUCUUGAAGGGGGCUAAAUUUAGUCUGGGAGGGUAUGGGUAUGCAAUGGUUGAUGGGACUAAGGUGAAAGUUUGGAUGAGAAUUAGAAAAUUUAAACAGAUCUAUUAUGAAGUAGUUACAUCUCCCUUACCUGACUGUAUUAUUGGUAUGGAUAUUACGUCAAAUUGAGGAACACUCCCUCUACCUGAUGUUGUAAAACUGAAGGCAUUUAAGUCUGCCUUUAGGCCACUAUUGAUUGGACAUGCUAAGUGGUUGAAUUGUCCAAACCCACUCAAGUUGUUAAUUUGAAACAGUAUAGGAUACCUGGUGACAAAAGGAGAGCACUGCUUUGAUUUAAAGACAUGCUAAAGGCUGGAGUGUUGGUGCCAAAAAAUUCUCUGUAUGACAGCCCUGUAUGGUCCAUGUAAAAGGCAGAUGGCUCACGGAGGCUGACAGAUUACUGAGGCCUAAAUAAAGUAGUGCUUCAUGUGGUUUCAGCUGUUUCAGACCUGUUAUCAACGGUCAGAAAAUGCAGCAAGCUAAAGGAGGCUGGUACUCAGUGAGUGAUAUUGCAUGCCUUUUCCUCUGUCCCAGUCUCAGAAAAGAGCCAGCCAGUUUGUUUCACAUGGGAAGGAUCCCAGUUUACUUUCACUGCAUUGACACGGGGUAACUUGAAUUCACCCACUUAGUGUCACAGUUUGGUUAGAAGAGACUUGGUUGGACUUGAUGUAGAUCUCGAGUGUAGUGAUACAUUAUAUUGAUGAUAUUAUGUUAAUAUCAAACUCCAAAGAACAGGCAGGGCUGAUUUGAAUGCAGUGGUGGCCCACAUGUCCAACAGAGACUAUUUAACCAACCCAGCAAAAAUCCAGAGCCCUGCCCAAAUGGUGAAAUUCUUGGGAAUAACUUGGGUAGGAGCCACCUGUGACAUUCCACAGGCAACCAAGAAUAAGUCGUUGCUAUCUACCCCCAAGACUAAGCGGGAGGCCCAAUAUUUGGUUGGUUUAUUUCAAUUUUGGAGAACCCAUAUGUCACAUCUGGGACUAUUGCUGUCCCCCAUUCAUAAAAUCAUUUAGAAGAAAAUUGCAUUCAAAUGGGGGCCAAAGCAACAGCAGGCUAUGUCUGAAUUAGAGAAAGUGGUCUCUCUCUCCCUGCCUUUAGGCCAUUAUGAUUCAUAUUUGGACAUAAUUUUGGAGGUGUCUGACUCACAUGCUUAUGCAAACUGCAGCCUAAGGCAAAAACCUAAGAAUGCCACUCUACAGCGACCACUGGGAUUCUGGACUAGAAAAUUUCCAGACGCUGCAGCACGAUGCAUGCCAUUUUAAAGGCAAUUACUCGCCAGCUAUUGGGCAUUAAUUAAGACUGCCUCAAUGGCAGAAGGACAUAAAAAUCACCAUGAGACCUGAAAUACCUAUAAUGUCUCAGGCGAUGUCAGAGAAACACUCUAAUAAAGAAGGCAGUGCUCAAAAUGUUCCAAAAUAAAAUGGAAAUGGUUCAUACAAGAACAAGCUACUGGGGGAAUGCAGGGAGGCACCUACCGUAUCCAAGAGCAGGUAGCCUGUUUUCCUAUAGGUCUACCCUGGAACCACCUGAGAAGAUGCCAGAGCCCAUUGCUACAUGGACAGUGCCCUACGAACAACUUUCUGCUGACAAGCAGAAGGCUGCUGGGUUCACAAAUGGCAAUUCCAGGGUAUGUGGACAACAUGUCACGUGGAAAGCUGCUGCAUUAAGACCAGCAGAUGGAAAGACUGAUUGAAGAAGGUAAGAACAGAUCAGCUCAAUGGGCUGAACUGACCUGUGGUGGAAGAAUUGCACAAUGGUGAGAGCCCAUAUAUUUGGAUUUUUGUCAAUUCAUGGGCAGCGGCCAACAGCCUGGCUAUAUGGUCAGGCAAAUGGGAGAUAGAAAAUUAGACUAUUAAGGGGGACACCUGUGUGGGACAUGGACCUAUGGAAAGCACUCUGGGAAUUUAGAGUGUGCAUUAGACUAGGACAUGUCAAUGACCAUCAGAAGAACCCCCUUCCUGGAUCAGGUGAUUGGAAUCAGCAAGUGGACCUGUUGGUAUGCUCACUUGAGGUGGCCAAUUUGGCCCAUGAAAUGAGCGGAUAUGGGGGUGCUGCAGCAAUGCAGAGGUGGGCUGAAUUUGGACACAUCCCUUUUGUACCCUCUGAGGCACAAAAUACCAGUAAGGACUGCUCUGUCUGCCAGCAAGAAAGACAGAGGUUGCAGAUUGCUAUGAGACAGAUUCCCUGGGGGAAAGCCCUGCACAUAGCUGACAAGUCGAUUAUAUUGGACCAAUGACACUGGUGGCACCAGGCGACUACAAAUGGGUCUUCACAGGAAUAGGUACUUAAUCUGGACUGGGCUUUGCCUAUCCUGUGACAGAUGCAAAUGCCAAAAACACCGUUAAGGGACUGGCACAAAAGAUACUAUACCAAUUUGGGCCACCAACUUAAUAUUUCAUCAGACCAAGGAACACACUUCACAGCCCACAGAUUGCAGCAAGGGGCCAAGAAACAUCACAUUAAAAGGACAUACCAUAUUGCAUACAACCCUCAGAGUAAUGGUUUGAUAGAAAAGUGGAACAGACAAUUGAAACAUUUGUUACCUAAAAUGGGGGGAGUUAAAGUCAUGAAGGGCUGGCUCACACACCUUCAUGAGUGUGCUCACACUCAACAUGAGGAAGACUAAGGGAGGAUCAUCACUGGACAGAUUCCUACACUUCUCUGGGGGACCUGGAAAGAGGGGUAGGGGAGAAUGCUGGUGCCACUGUACAGUUCUUUCCCACAUUAUCUGAAAUUGCUUUUUUCCUGUCAGAUGCUGUGGUUCCAGGACCAGUGAUGCAGCUAUGGGUGCCAGAAGCAGGAGUGAUCUCUAAGCGAGAGACUGUAACUAUACUGCUGAACCUAUGCCAGAAUCCCCGAGGACCUGAUGGGAUGGAUUGUACCUUCCCCCUAUCUCGCAAAAUUGGGGUUGACAGUGAAAACUGCCAUAUUGCCUAGUGUGCAAGAUAGUCCACUAAUGUUGUACUUCUGCAACCCUACCCAAUAUGAAUGGAAAUGGACUGAGAAUCACUUGCUAGACUGGUCUUGCUACCAGCAAUCUAGACUGGCACAGUAUCUGAACCUGACGUCCCUUCCCAAGAUGGAAAAGUUUGGGUAAAAAUAAGUGAUAAAUGGAAGAAAAGAGAAAUAAUAAAUGAAGGUAAAGGAAUGAACAAUGGGUUAUGCAGCAGGGGAAAUCUAACUUUAUGCUGAUACCUCUAGAGAGACUCAGAGGCCAGAAAGGAUGAAGAUGAGACGUACUUUUGGAGAACCUGACCAGAUCAGAGGGACACCUGCAACAGACCUGAAUGGCUGAGUAACCUCACCCUUAGGACUCUUUUGCCCUACUGAAGGACUAAUUGUUAAUGACUAUUUGGAACUGGUAAAAUGAUUGAUUUUUAGUCCUUCAAGUAUGAAAGAAUCAAUGGCUAGAAGAGCCAGGGCGUGGCCUGCAGUACAAUGAAUUACCUAAUAUGGCCCUUCUAACCGUAGGCUUUGUGACUCACACACACUGAUUGAGUGGGACUAUGCAAAUAAGGUGUAUGGAACCUGUGAUGGUUGGGGUUGUGUGUCAGCUUGGUUGGGCCAUAAUUUCCCGCAUUGUGUGGCUGUCCUCCAUUUUGUGAUCUGAUGUAAUUAUCCUAAUUAUGCUCCAUUUUAUGUAUUGUAAAUCCUAACCUCUAUGUGAUAAUAAGGCAGGAUUAAUGUGAAGUAUAUCUUGAGUUACAGCCUUGCAGGAAAGUGUGGCUCAGGUGCCACCCUUACUCAAGUCGUGCCAUUUCCUGGGGUAUAGGCUGUAUCCAAUAAAUAUGUGUGGGUGCUCUGGUGAGGCUCUCUCUUUUCCUCUCUCUCUGUAUCUGGAUCCUGCAACCAACUCAUCACUGUCGGACCUCUGGCUCCUGGGACUUCAGCAGGCAGCCUGCUGUCUGACCUGUUGAUUCUGAGAUUUACCAGCUUCCACAGCCUGUGAGCCAGCAGCCUGUCGUCUGGCCUGCCGAUUUGGGUUUGUUGGCCCCCGCGGCCAUGUGAAUCAGGAGACACCUAUGCCUGACCCACAGAUUUGGGACUUGCCAGUGUGAGCCAUUUUCUUGAAACAUGAGUUCUGUGAGCCAUUGCAGUGAAUUACGGAACACUUUUUUUUUUAAGACGGGAUGGAGAGUACUGAGGGGAGGAGGAGCAGUUGGUGUUGGAGACAAUGGAGUGCUACAGCAGCUUGGAAAAGUUGGACGUUUGGGACAUCUUUAACCUCUGCCUCAAAGGAACCAGCUUUGUGCUGAUCUUUAUAAAUUAUUUAUUUAGAGGCCCACAAAAAUACUUUAAAAUCAGAAGCAAAAAAAAAAAAAGAACUUUUAGGUCAAAGAAAAUGUUUUCUUAUGUAUUACUCUAUUUGUCAUUAUACCAACAGGGUUAUAAAUUAUACCUUCAUUUUAUUUUAUUUUUUUUAUGGUGGAAGGGCCUUAUGAAAGGAAUAGUGCUUAGGACCCAAGAAAAUGGUAAUGUGGCCAGCCCUGCCUGUCUCUCAAAAGAUUUCUAACAAAAGGAGCACUAGAAGUUUGGUAGAUCUUGUAUCUCCAGUCCCCUCCUGGAAAUUCACAAUUACAGGCUCAGAGAAACCCUGCAAUAAAGAAGCCUGUAAAUUUAAUUUAUUCUAGCAUUCGACAGGCGCAUUUGAUCCUGGAGCCUUUUUUCUUCCACAUAAUGCCAGCUCUCUUCCCUUGGAGCUAGUGAUCCAUGGAAGAACUUGGGAAAUACGUGACUUUCUACUACAUUAAAAUUAAGAUCCCACAUUGAUCAAGAUGGCCGGUAGCUGAAAUCUUGCAGCCACCUAAAAACAAAACAGACUGUGCAGAAGCUUAAGGGAUUAUUCUUGAUUUUAUGCAAGUUAACAUUAAAAUGCUUAUCUGAUGCUCUUCGAGCCGCGUGUUAGCAACACAUCCCUACCUAUCCCCUUGGCAAGAGAAUUUUGUUGUUGCACAGGUUUCAGAUUUACACUAUACAACUCACUGAGAUCCUUUUCAGUUCAGUUUUCUUGAUAGGUUUGCAGCAGCAUGAGGAUGAAAAUAAUUCCCAACUGGUAAGGAAAGGUGAAAAGCUGCUUUCCUGAAUCUCAGAACAUGAUAUUCCUUAACCUAGCAGACCUUAUUAAGAGUGACUUAAAAUCUGUCAGCUCUCAAAAGGCUUCCCCAGUAACAGAUUUCUUGGUUCCAUCUCAGUACCUGCAGUUCCCAUAACCACGGCCUACUUAAUUUAGCAGUGCUCGGCUGCAUGAAUGCCGAAAUUAAAAUGUGCUUUCAAAAUUCAAUCCACCGCAAAAUGGACCUCACUUAGAAGCAUCUCCACAGUCAGAUUUAAUAAGAAGUUAUGACCUGAAAGUGGAAGGCAGAAGAAGGAUGAAUUUCUCUGUGGAAUAAACCACAAGUAAAAAGUUUGUUUUGAUUUGUUUAUGCUGACUAAUGUCCUUUUUUAAAGUCAGUUUUCUAUUUGACAGAAAAAGUCAAAGACCCUUAAUCCUUUCUUCUCAGUUUUUAGAAAGUUUUAUCAGGAAGAUGAUCUUUUACUUUUCUGGAAGCAGACACAUUUAUCUGCCCAUUAAAAAAAAAAAAAAAACCACUGC